AUGACCAAGUACGAGGGCAUCGACCAGAGCGUCAACGUCGAGCUCUCGACGAUCAACAUCAUGCUUACGCGCGUCAGCGUGCUGGCCGUCUACGACUGGAUCAUGACGACGUUUGUGCCGGCAGAAGAGGCGCCAGCGCGGGGUCAGUCGUCCAGCCUGCAAACGACCCCGCAGAGAGGCGCCGCCGGCAGCGCGAGCGGGACGCCGGCGACGGCAUCGGGUCGAAGGCGCUCCAGCGAUGCCGGCUCGACCCGCUCGGCCCAGCGUGCCCAGCUGGCGGCCGACGCCAGGCAGGCGGCCAGGGCCAAAGCGGCCGAGGCGAGCCGCAAGGAGAAGCUGCGUGUCCGCGUCAAGCUCAACUCAAUCGUGCUUCGCCUCAACAACGACGGCUCGCUGCUGGCCACCCUAACUCUGUCGACGGCGGACGUGGCGGUGAUGCUUCGCGGCAACACACUGCGGGUGGCCGCGCGCCUGGGUUCGCUGUUGCUGUACGACAACGCCAAGCGCCAGGUGGCCGAUCCGCAGUUCAAGAAGCUGCUGACCAUCCAGGACGACGAGCUGGCCGACUUCACGUACGAGACGUUCGACGAGGCCGACACGUCGUCGUACCCGGGCUACGACUCGUCGAUCUGGCUGCGCUCCGGCUCGCUCAAGUUCACCUUUGUCGAGGAGCCGAUCCGCGACCUGCUGCAGUUCUUCAGCAAGUUUGCCCAGAUGAAGGCGGUCUACGACGCCGCGACGCUGGCCGCCACGGCCCAGGCGUCGCAGCUGCAGGAAAAGGUCAGCAAGAUGCACUACAACGUCGUGGUCAAGACGCCCAUCGUCGUGCUGCCCCGCUCGUCGGACUCGCCCGACGUCAUCACUGCCAACCUCGGCGAGAUCUACGCCCACAAUACCUUCCCCGAGCACGACGACGGCAAGCACGCCUCGGUCAAGAUCGAGGCCGGCCUGCGCCACAUCCGGCUGGCCUCGAGGCUGCGCUACGGCGACCAAGAAUACCACGUGCAGAUGAUCGACGAUGUCGACAUCAGCCUCGACAUGACGCAGAUCGACCACCUCGACCACGAGCCCCGCAUCGCCGAUGCCGGCGACGGCAGCGGCGAGCAGCAGCCCCAGACGCAGAUUGUGGCCAAGAUGUCGGACGUGCAUGUCAAGCUCACCGAGGCGCAGUACGGCUUCGUGCUGGCUCUGGCCUCGUCGAUCCCGCGCGCCUUUGCCGUCAUCGCCGAGGAGGAGGGCAGCGAUGAUCAGAGCAUCUCGCAAGAGCUCGACGGCAAGAUCUCGCCGCCGCCCUCGCUGCCGCCACGCCGCCAGACCUCUGGGACCGGCGGCAGCGGCACCAGCACCCCGACCAGGCAGGGAGGCAGCGCGGCGGUCGACAUGCUGCCCGAGCUGGGCACCGUCGUACACGACGAGGACGAAGGCGAUCGCCCGGUGGGCACGAGCCUCGACCUCUUCUUUGACGUCAACUCGAUCCAGCUCGAGCUUUUUACCGCCGAGGCCACCGCCCAGGAGACGCUGUACAACGCGCAGCUGGCGCGUUUCUCGCUCAACGGCUCCGAGGUCAAGCUCAAGAUGCUGACCGACGGCUCGCUCGAGGCCGAGGUGGCGCUCAAGACGUUCACCGUGACCGACACGCGCCCAGACAAGGACACCAAGUUCCGCGAGAUCAUCCCCGCCGUCAAGCACGACGGCCACCAAUUCAUGAUGAGUUACACCAUGUCGGGCGGCGCGGAUGCCUCCGCCAUGGCGCUCGUCACCGUCGACAGCCCCAAGGUCAUCUUCUCGCUCGACCCGAUGUUCUCGCUGAUCGGCUUCCUCACGAGCGCCUUUCCAGAGGAGCCGCCGGAGGCCGAAGCGCAGCGCAAGGCCGCCGCUACCGUCCCCAAGGUCGAGGACCGCCAAGAGUCGAGCGCUGCCACGGAUCAGUCCAACCCGCCGCAGCCAUCGACGCUGGCGUUCCGCGUCAAUGUGGUGGACCCGACCAUCAUCCUGCUGGCAGCGCCAGAGAAGCACGACACCGAGGCCAUUGUGCUGUCCAUCAAGCAGGUGCUCAUGUCGCAGCAGGGCAUCCUCGCACUCAAGGUGGACCAGUUUGGCAUGUUUAUGUGCCGGAUGAAUCGGCCAAAGGAUUCGCUGCGCCUGCUCGACAACUUCGACCUGGCCAUGUCGAUGGACAGCCGCGUCAACGCAGCGGCGCAGACGACGAGCAUCGAGAUCGACGUUGAGCCGCUUGUGCUACGCGUCUCGUAUCGCGACAUCGUCAUGAUCCAGUCGGUCGUCAACAAGGCGAUCGAGCUGUCGGCACAGAACAGCACAUCGGCGGGGCGAAACGCCAACGACGGCACCGCUGCCACCUCCGCAAGCAUCCGCAGCCAGCAGCGACGCCAGGGAUCGAUGGUCAGCAGCUCCAAGACCAUCGACUCGAUGAACCAGACAGGUGCGCGCGGGGCAGGCGCGCGCGACACGACCACCGUCGCCAGCACCCGCGGCGGCGACGGCGUCGGUCGCUUCCAGGAUGCCGAGCUCAUCAUGGCAAAGGAGAAGCUCAAGGCCGAGUUUGCAGGUCUCCAGCUCAUCAUGAUUGGCGAUGCCCACUCGCUGCCCGUGCUCGACCUCAACAUCCGCAAGUUCUCCGUCGAUCUCGACGACUGGUCCGGCGACAUGCAGGGCAACACGUCCGUGUCCCUCUACAUCAACUACUACAACCUCUCGCGCUCCCACUGGGAGCCGCUGAUCGAUCCGUGGACGCUCGACUUUAAGCUUCUGCGCAGCCUCUCGCCGCCAAGCAUGAGCGUCACGCUGUCCUCUCGAAAGAGGCUCGAGCUGAAUGUCACGACGACCCUGAUCGAGACCGGGCUCGUGACGGCAGCCUUCAUGUCCGAGCAGGGCAGCCAGGACCUGCAGCAGAGGAACCGCGCCCCCUUCCUCGUCCGCAAUCGGACCGGGUACCGCAUCUCGCUCUGGCCGGAGCAGGAGGAUCGCAAGUCGAAGCCAGCCGCCCAGCACCUCGACGACGGCAAGGACAUGCCAUGGCGGUUCGACGACUGGAAGUCGAUGCGCGAAAACGUCAUGGACUCGGGCGGCAACAUGCUGUCGCUCGCCAUCGAGGGGAUGCCGUGGGAGCGGCUGCGCCACAUCUCGGUCGAUCGCGAGGGCGAGUACCUGCUCAGCCUGAGGCCCAAGCUCGACAAGGUGGCGCACCGCGUGCUCUGCGAGGUCAAGCUGCACGACAACGUCAAGCACAUCACCUUCCGCUCGUCGUUCAACGUCGAGAACCGCACCAUGGUCCCCAUCGAGAUGGUCAUCCUGGACGCCGAUGGCAACGUCACCGACCAGAUCCGCAGCAUCGCCCCCGGCGACGACUGCCCCGUGCCCAUCGAGGCGGCGUACCACUGCAGGGUCAAGCUGCGCCCCGACCCGGGCUUCGAAUACGGCUGGUCGGACGAGAGCCUCAACUGGCACGACCUAGUCAAGAAGUCGACGCGGGUUCUGACCUGCCGCUCGGCCGACGGCCACGAGGCGCCCUUCCGCUUCCAGAGCUUCGCCAUCUUCGAUCGCCAGGAUCCGCUCAGCCGCAUCUACCCCCGGCUGACGCUGCGGCUGCGGGCGCCCGUCGAGGUCGAGAACCUGCUUCCUUACGAUAUCCAGUACCGCAUCUUUGACAAGAACGCCAACCACAACUGGAGCAGCUACCUGCGCAAGGGCGGCAUCUCUCCGAUCCACGUGGCCGAGCUGUCGCACCUGCUGCUGCUGAGCGUCGACGUCCAGUCGUCGUGCUUCUCGCCCUCGGAGUUCUCCAUCAUCGCCACCGACAACCCGGACGACUUCCCUAUCGAAAAGACGCUGACGCUCGCCGACGCCGACAACCUCAAGUUGCACCUUCGCCUUCACUACUUCCGCCACCCGCAGUCUGGCGGUGCGUUCAAGGUCCAGAUCUACUCGCCCUACAUCUUUGUCAACCAGUCUGGCCUGCCCUUUGCGCUCAAGACCAAGUCGUGGCUCGGCGGCGCAAAGCUCGUCGCGGGCCAGGAUCCGGGGCAGGCGGCGGGAUCGACAUCGUCGUCGUCGACAACCUCGUCCUCGGCCGCAGCGGCUGUGCGCAGGGAGCCGGAGCCGUUCCUCUUCUCCCACAGCUCCAACGACCGCCGCAACCGCGUGCUGAUGCGGGUGGGCGACUCGCAGUGGUCGAAGCCGCUCUCGUUCGAGGCCAUCGGCUCCGAGACCGAGGUCGUGAUCCCGUCGGCGUCCAAGAACGAGGAGAUCCACGUCGGCCUCACCGUCGAAGACGGCCUGGGCAAGUUCAAGCUGUCCAAGGUGGUCAAGCUGCUGCCGCGCUACCUGGUGAGGAACGAGGUGGGCGAGGCCAUCAACCUCCGCGAAGCCGGCGCGGCCGACUUUAUCACUGCCCAGCCCGGCCGCAGGAUCCCGCUCCACUUCCUCCGCAUCGGCGCCACCAAGCAGAUGACGCUGGCCUACCCCGGUCUCAACAACAAGUGGAGCGCGCCGUUCAACAUCGAGGACAUCGGCAGCGUCCACCUGCGGAUGUCCAAGUCGGGCCAGCACCAGCACCUGGUCAGGGCCGAGGUGCUGCUCGAGGGUCCCACCAUCUUCAUCACGCUGAGCCAGGAAAAGGGCCCCUGGCCCUACAUGCUGCGCAACGAGAGCGACUACACGGUUCAGUUCAUGCAGGCGAGCACCGUUCAGCAGGGCGAGGACGGCGAAGAGCGCCCUGCGGGACGGAAGCGCGACGACCAGGUGGGCAAGCGGUACGAGCUCAAGCCGCGCUCCAAGAUGAAGUACGCCUGGGACUACCCCGCCGCGCCCGACAAGAUGAUCCGGCUGGUCAUCAACGGCCGCGAGCGCAACGUCAACAUCCUCGAGAUCGGCAGCCUGCUGCCGUUCAAGUUCCCCAGCUCCGACGGCCGCGGCUCGAGGGUGGUGUCGAUCGACGUGCGCGCCGACGGCCCUACGCAGACGCUGGUGCUCUCCAACUACUCGGAGUCGAUCAGCAACUUCAAGCUCAAGCGCCAGAACUCGACGUUCUCGCGCACCGACUCGGCCGUCAGCACGAGCACCCGCGACGCCGGCUUCGAGGCCGUCGACGUCGACAUCAACAUCCUCUUUGCCUUCAACCUCGAAUUCGAGGGCGUCGGCAUCUCGCUCAUCAACCGCAACGUCCAGGAGCUGGCCUAUGUGUCGUUCCGCGGCCUCGAGAUGCACUACACCGAGUCCGAGGUGACGACCGCCGUCAACCUCAUCUGCAAGUGGAUCCAGAUCGACAACCAGCUGUUUGGCGGCCUCUUCCCCAUCGUCCUCUACCCGACGGCCAUCCCCAAGGACGGCAAGGAGCUCGAGGUGCACCCGACGCUGCAGGCCUCGGUCAUCAUGCUCAAGGACCAGACCCACGGCGUCACCCACAUCAAGUACGCCUCGCUGCUUCUCCAGGAGAUCACGGCCGAGCUCGACGAGGACUUCCUCUUCGCGCUCUACGACUUUUCCAAGCUGCAGGGCUCGUCGUGGAGCGAGGCCGAGGCUGCCGAGGACGUCGACUUUAUCGAGAACCCGCGCGAGGUGCCGGAGCCGACGGGCGUCAACGGCAACCAGGACGACAUCUACUUUGAGAUCCUCCACCUCCAGCCGCUGGCGCUCAACCUGUCGUUUAUGCGCACCGAGCGCGUCAAUGCCGACGACAAGGUCAGCUCGCGCAACCCGCUCAUCUUCCUCUUCAACGCCCUCACCAUGGCGCUGGGCAACGUCAACGAGGCGCCCGUCCGCCUCAACGCGCUCGUCAUCGAAAACGUGCGCCUGUCGAACGCGGUGCUGCAGCAGCGCAUCAUCUAUCACUACUCGCAGGGCUUCCUGCUGCAGCUCUACCGCGUGCUCGGCUCGGCCGACUUCCUGGGCAACCCGGUGGGCCUGUUCAACAACGUCAGCUCCGGCGUCGCCGACAUCUUCUACGAGCCCUAUCAGGGCCUGGUGAUGCACGGCAACAAGGAGCUGGGCCUGGGCAUCGCGCGCGGCGCCAGCAGCUUUGUCAAGAAGACCGUGUUUGGCCUGACGGACAGCGUGUCCAAGGUGACGGGCAGCAUCGGCAAGGGCUUGGCGGCGGCCACGAUGGACAAGGAGUUCCAGAGCCGGCGCAGGAUGUCGCGCUUCCGCAACAAGCCCAAGCACGCCCUCUACGGCAUCACGGCGGGCGCCAACUCGUUCUUCACCAGCGUCGCCAGCGGCUUCGAGGGUCUCGCGCUGCGGCCGCUCGAGGGGGCCGAGCAGGGCGGCGCCGGCGGCUUCCUCAAGGGCGUCGGCAAGGGUCUCGUGGGCGCCAUCACCAAGCCGGCCGUGGGCGUGUUUGACCUGGCGAGCAACGUGACCGAGGGCAUGCGCAACACGACCGUCGUCUUUGACCAGAACGACAUCGACCGCGUCCGCCUGCCGCGCUUCAUCGCCAGCGACGGCAUCGUGCGCCCUUACUCGGACCGCGAGGCGCUCGGGCAGACGUGGCUCAAGAACGUCGACAACGGCCGGCUGAUGAAGGAGCACUACGUCGCCCACGUCGACGUCGGCUCCACCGAGGGCGACAGCGUCAUUAUGCUCACCGUCUCGCGCAUCCUCUACAUCCGCACCAUGCGCCUCAAGGUCAUGUGGGAGGUGCCCCUGUCGGACCUGAGCAGCAUCUCGCUCGAGAGCCAGGGCAUCGCACUCGUCCUCCGCGGCGGCAUCGCAGGGCCCUUUUUGCCCCUCGCCGACGUCGGCACCCGCAACUGGCUCUUUAAGCAGGUCUCGCGCGUCGUCCAGGCCUACAAUGCCUCCCACCAGGGCUGA